AUGGGUGCUGUAAUGGGUACGUUCUCUUCUCUACAAACGAAACAAAGAAGACCAUCAAAAGACAAAAUUGAAGAUGAAUUAGAAAUGACUACAGUGUGCCAUAGACCCGAAGGGCUGGAACAACUUGAAGCACAAACCAAUUUCACUAAAAGAGAACUUCAAGUGCUUUACAGAGGAUUUAAAAAUGAAUGUCCUAGUGGGGUUGUUAAUGAAGAAACGUUCAAACAGAUCUAUGCACAGUUUUUCCCUCAUGGAGGUAAUGGCUGUAUUGAAGGAGGCCCAUGUUGUAUAAUGAACUGUUGUUCCUCUUGUUGCCCUUUGUGUUUUUCAGAUGCUAGCAUGUAUGCACAUUAUCUCUUCAAUGCAUUUGACACUGCACAAAAUGGCUCAGUGAAAUUUGAGGAUUUUGUGAUGGCAUUGUCCAUUCUGCUGCGGGGAACAGUUCAUGAAAAGCUAAGAUGGACGUUUAACUUGUAUGAUAUCAAUAAGGAUGGCUACAUAAACAAGGAGGAAAUGAUGGACAUUGUAAAGGCAAUCUAUGACAUGAUGGGAAAGUACACGUAUCCAGUGCUCAAGGAAGAUGCACCACGGCAGCAUGUAGAAGUAUUCUUCCAGAAAAUGGAUAAGAACAAGGAUGGAGUUGUAACUUUAGAUGAGUUUAUUGAAUCGUGUCAGGAGGACGACAACAUCAUGCGAUCCUUACAGCUCUUUGAGAAUGUGAUGUAG